AUGAGAAUUCAGCUCGACGAGUUUGCGGAAAAACCAGAAGUACCUGAGCAACUUAAAUUGCAAGAGCAAGUGCUGCAGUUAAUAACUCCGCGUCAGUCAGUAGAAUCGACGUUUGAUUGGUAUUUUCUGGAAAAGGCCAAUGAGAAGGAAGAAUUAGAACGACAAGGAUUCCAGACUGGACAACAGGAGGGACCUCAGAAACGGGCUCCGCCUCUGAGCAGUCUGAUCUCUCAUCCGGAUUCUGUCUGGGAGAUACUACAGACUGGCCAGUUGCGACAACAACGAAAUCCCGCUCCCCAAAUUUUAGCUGGGCAGCAGUUUUUUUCAGAAUCAGUUCAGCCGUCACGGCCGCCUGGUCAGCUACAACGAUCACCUCCGACUGACCAGCGACAGCAGCCGGCUCCGCCUGAAUUUUGCCAGCAGCAACCACAAGAUCUCACUCAUUUACCUUCAGUUAAUCAGCAUCUUCUUCAAGCACUGUUUCAAUGGCAAGAACCACAACAUUUGACUCAUCUACCUUUGUUUAACCAGAAUCCUCUUCACGCACUUUCCCAGUCUUUCCUGUCGCUAGGCCCUAUUCCCUUAUUUUUAGAUUGUCUACUCCCUUUUUUAGGAUCAACUUCACAGCUUCCUCUGUCGGUGCAGCCGUCGUUACCACUAGUGCCGGUUGCUUCAGCUGCAAGUGGUCAGUACAGUUCUUUAGAGCCGAUUCAGCAGCUAGCUCGGCUUGUUGAAUCAGUGCAACCGCAAAAUGUGGGUUUUAAUGUUCCGCGCGGCCCACGUCAAAGUCACCUACCUUCAUUUAACCAGGAAUCUCUUCAAAGACUCUUUCAAUCGCACCUACCGCGAGGUCCAUCCCUCUCAUUUUUGUAUAGUCAGCUCCCCUGUUUAGGGUCAAUUUCGCAGCGAUCUCAGUUAACGCAGCAGCCGCAACCACAGGGUUCGACUGCUUCAGCUGUAAGUGAUCAGUACCGUUCUUUCUUGCUGAAUCUGGCUGAAUUUAUUCAGUCAUUGGAACAGCAAAAUCGGGAUUCAAGUGCCCCACGCGGUCCACAGCAGCAGUGA